GCUUGUGGCGUAAAAUAUAUUAGCGUCAUUGUGGCUAUCAGCCCUACCCGACACUUGCUAUUAUCGAUGACAUGAAACUUUGCUACAACUAACCCAAAACCCCAAUCUACCACAAUAUGUCAGAUGAAGAUACUUAUGAAAUUCCAUUGCAAGAUCAGAGAGUCUUCGGAGCUGGUAUUAAGAGGAAACGCGUUAAAUUUGUUCCAUCAUCGUCAUCAUCCACAAUUCAAUCUACGCCAUCUGCGAGCUCUGCGAAGAGUAUCAGCGAUUUAUAUCUAAGCCUGGUCCUUCCGAAAGACUCACCUGCCCCAGAAGUUACUCCAACAGGGGAUUCUAUACAUCCAGGAGAUUCGGAAGUAUGCGAAGUCUGUAAGCUACCACUAUCCACAGAUUCGGAGGCUAUUAAGGAUGCAGUCGACUCAACAGAUAUAUCAAAUCCCACAUCUUCUACCAGACCUCGACCUCAUGAGGCCUCUCUAGCACAUCAAGUGUGUCUAAAUCAUUCACAUCCCCCUUCACAUGUCGACCGAAAUAGAAAAGGCCUCACUUAUCUCUCGUCAUAUGGUUGGGAUCCCGAUUCUCGCCUUGGCCUUGGGGCAUCGGGUCAAGGUAUCCAAUUUCCAAUCAAGACCAAACCAAAAGACGAUAAGCUGGGUAUUGGUGUAGUGCUGCCGAAGGAGGGUAAGAUCAGAAAGAAGGUCAAAAUAAAAAAGCUUGAUGCCGGCAAGGUUAGGAAGUUGCAUGAAAACGAUAGGAGGAAGGGGGAGAAGCUGAGGGAAAUGUUUUAUAGGAGUGAUGAUGUGGAGCGAUACCUGGGAGGUGGUUGACAGGACGCGCACCUAGUAACUUAAACCCUCUUUUUCAUCCCCGCUUCCUCAAAGUCGAACGAUUCACAGGGACCGUUUUCCACUCAACACACCUCUCAACUCCAGGAGGUAGGGGUGAAAAGCUCUUUCGGCUUAUAGAAUAGAGGAAACAUGAAUGCUUAAGCGUUCUUGGUGGUAAAACUCACAAGUCGCUUGGAUAUAAGGUUUGUGGCUUUUAAUUGGAACCUGGUAUGGAAGACAUUCUGCUUGUAACAGCGUUUUCUACCUCAUUAAAGUUAUCGAAUAUGUGUCGCAGAUUUGACCUAGCUACUCAAAUUUUUCGUUUAUUUCG